AUGGGCUCGUCCCUCGAUGCCCUCAAUGCGCCGUCGAGUCUAACUCAGCGGCGCCAGGCAGCUGCAACAUUGCCUGCCUUUGAACUCCCGGCGCCACCAGCAUUUCCGACAUUGAGCGGUCACAAAUAUCCUCCUUUUAGUCAUGCCAUUCACAACAGCUCGUCAGCUGUCAGCGUCGGCAACUUGCUCACGCCACCUUCGAACUCAGCCUCAGAUAGCAGCACCACCUCGUCUGCUAUGCCUACUGGCUCAACACCGAGUAGUGGCCCCCCAGUCCUGCCAUAUACCCCAACAUUUUUCAACGGCGCUUCGACGCCAGGAUUUCAUACUGGCCUGACUCCUCAGGCAUGGCAGCCAAACCCGCUUGUGCAAAGAUCCAUGUUCUCACCUCCCGGUCCCGGUCAGCCUCUUUACAGGCCAAGCACAAACUCGCCAUCAGCGGGUGGAACCACUCUGCCUCCGCCGCCUUAUGAUCUCUCUCAUGUCUCAGCAUAUGGGAUGUCAAACGGUUACCAGUCACCACCAGGUGCCAGCCUUGCUUCACAUCAGCAGGUGCUGUCGAAUCCCAUGGUACCCAUUCGUCCCCCAAGUCAACAGUCCGGGCACACGUCCAUGGCCGAUAUUAUCCCAUCGAAGCCCGCGUCUGCACCGCCUUUGUACACCAAUGUUGGUCCGCCGAGUCAAUCAUACCCAUAUGCCAACGGCACGCCAGUGUCACAGAGCCCACAUUCCGCCCACGCUCCAACGCGUUCGCCGCCGAUGGGCCAAGCACAUCAUCAAAUGCCUUCUAACGACUUCAUACGGCCUCCAUAUCCAUCUUAUACACUUCCGGCGAUGACCGGACCAGUGAUGAGUAAUCUGCAUAGUCCAGGCGCGCAGAUGUCUAUGGUUGGCCAUCCCGGCAGCAUGCUGCCCAUGGGAUUCAACAGCGGAUACUCGGCCAAUCCUCAUGGCAUGUAUGGGCCACCGAAAGCCCAGAGCCCAGCACAAGCCGCUGCGAAUGAUCGUCCAUUCCGAUGCGAUAGUUGUCCGCAAAGCUUCCAUCGGAACCAUGACUUGAAGAGGCACAAGAGAAUACACCUGGCCGUCAAGCCUUUUCCUUGCAACAAUUGUGACAAGAGCUUUUCGAGGAAAGAUGCAUUGAAGAGACAUAGACUCGUGAAAGGCUGCGGCAAGUCUGACGCUAACAGAGACGACGGCGUAAAGUCAGAGUCAGGAAGCGACGAAGCCAACGAAGGACCAGUCAUGAGCAUGAACCCUUGA